GGCCUUCCGCUCCUAGACGGUGGGUUCCCCCCAUGCUCGCGCUGCUCCUGCCGGCCUAUUCCGCCCAGAUCUUCGCCAGCGCGGCCAAGGACCCCGGCCUCAAGGACGUCUUCGCUUUUAAGGGCGAGGGCUUUGGCCCAAAGCGACUGCGGCUCGGCAAUACGUCGAUCAAGAACGCCAAAUACAAGAAGAACGACGGCGAAGUCCCGACCUGGAUCGCCGGCAAGCCUCCGAUCGAGACGCUGAUGCAAGUCUCGGCCGACUGGGCUCUGGCGGACCAGACCCGAACCUUCUGCCUCCUCGUGCUGGACAUGGAGAAUGACUACCUCCCGUAUACAUGACUUUUAUGAUGCCGAACGCCGAGGCGGUGCUCGCCGCCUUCCGCAAGGCGCAGCAGCCGGUCGUGUGGACCAACUGGUACCGGCAGGAGGACGACGGCGCGUACGGAGCCAUCGACCGCUUCUGGGGCCCUCGCGGCCUGUACCCGCCGGGAGGCACCGUCAAAGGGCACGCCGAGAACCCGUUUGGAUCGACACGAGGUACAGCAAGAACGCGACCGACACGGUGCCAGCGAUGGGACCGAUCACGGAGGACGAGAAGUCGCUCGUCAGCAAGUCGAUGCACCUCUCCAAGAUGGCCGACAAGGACGAGCACGGAGACGACAUCCUCUACCCGAUGCUGCAGGCGUGGGGCGUCGACACCAUCGUUAUCGUCGGCGCGUGGACCGAAGACUGCGUCAUCGCGACCUGCUACGAGGCGGCAGACCGCUAUGGUCUCGACGUCGUCCUCGUCACCGACGCCAUCGCAACGGGCUCGCCGGCCGCCUGCGGCAAGACGCUGAUGGCGGAGGAGCUGGUGCAAUACUUCGCGAGCCACCGGCACAAGCUCGGCCCCGCGCAAGCCGAGCUCAACUAUGGCGCCGUUCAGCUGCGCCGCCGCGCCGCCCUGCUGAGCGCCGCGCAGGCCGAGGCGCGCGGUGGCGAGGGCAUCUCGGUGGCGGUCGCCGCGGUGAUCGCGCUGACGGCGGCCGCGGUCGGCGCAGCGAUCGCCGUCCGCGUCUUCGUUCGUCACCCGCUCUCCCACAGCUACGAGAACAGCCCCGUGCCACUCACCUAACUAAAGGUUAACGCAAGUGCUCGCACUGGCGGGAAUUUUGAUGGGAGCGCUCGUAGGACAUGCGCAUGUCCUUUAAAAUCCCAUCUCGUGAUCUAGUCUCAGAGUUUUACCGUUUUCAUUCUUUUACCCGCU